AUGAGGGUCCACAGGUGCCUUUUCGUUCCAGCCAACAGGCAAGCUGAGGCCAAGGCAUCAGUUGAGUGCGCCGACAAGAACUUUGAUGCUUUGAAACCUCUGCUGGAGCGGAUCAGACUGUUUUACUCGAAGUUUGACUUUCCAACUCCCAACCGCAACGCCAUCAAGAAGGAAGCCAAGCUGGCAAAGGCAUUCCUGGUUCUAGUGAAGCGCAAGCUUCAACGUGAGCAGAUAUGUCGCAGCCCUGCAUUCAGAACUUUGCAGGCCCUGGUCUUCAAGGAUGCAGUUCCGCCCUUUCUCCAGGAGAAGAAGGACGACGAGAUUGAAAAGAACACUGAGGAUGACUUCGAGGCCUCAGAAGUUCCAAUUGAAGAGAUUGGCUCGGACUUGGAAGAAGAUAAUGCGUCAGGGAAUGAUGAGGGUGAGAACACUGAGGAAAAGAAAACUGAGGAUCAGGUUGAUUCCGUUUUUGAUGACUCCCAAGGAAAUGAAUCCUAUGUUCCCAUUGAGGAUCGCCCGAAGGAAUUCAGUCAGGAGGAACAGGUGGAUGAAGGAAAGAUGAGCGAUGUGGAGAAGAUUGUGAUGAACUUCCCCCCGGACUCUUGUUGGGAGGAACCCUGGCUCGUUGAGGACAGCCCUGCCAAAGCCCCUGGGGAUGAGAGUGAGAUGAUGGUGGAAGAUUGGGCCCGAGUUUCUGAGAUGGUUGCAUGCCACGAAAGCAUCGAGGAUAAGAUCAGCGAAAUCACUGCAAAACUUCACAAUGCCAAGAAGCUGCACGCUUCCAGGAAAGCUGCAGAAUCUUUGAAUCAGGAGAAAGCUGUGCCUAAGUUGGUCUUGGAUAGCCUGCCGUUUGGUUCCGACAACGUAUUGAGGAGGGCUCAGCUUGGGCUCAAGGCAGAAGUGGAGGAGGGUGAGGACAAAGGUGAAGGAGUUUCUGGGAAGAAGCCGAAAGCAAAAGCCAAGAGUAGAGGGAAGGCAAAGACCAAGGCUACUCCAAAAGGAAAAGGUGAGCCAAAGGCCCCGAAAGCCAGGGGCCGCCCCAAGAAGAACAAGGAGCUUGAGUGUGAGAUCGAGGGUCGGGAUCUUCCUUUGGAAGAACCAAUUGAGGAGUGUGAGGAGCCUGAAACUCCAGAGGCUUCAGCAGAGCCAAUGUCUGGUGGUGGGGUUCCAAAGUCUGAUGACACGAAGGAUGGCAUGAAUGACGACAAGAAGGAGGAAAAGGAGAAGGAAAGUGAGGAGCCUCCAGUGCCUGAACCUUCAAAGCCACCUAGGAAGAGAAGGGCUGGAGUGAAGGCAAGUGUUGUUCAGGAAGAGGCUGGGGAGUCAGAGAAGCCACAGAAGGAAAGCAGGCAGGUGAAGAGAAAGGAUACCAAGGAAAAGGAGAAGUCAUCAGAAAAGAAAAGCCGGGCAAGCCGAUCAGAAAAAGAUCCAAAGGAGGCAGCCAAGAAAGCUCGCACUGGUGAUGGGCCUGCUACCUUUGCACGACGGGCUUACCCCAGGUCGGACUAUGGGAAGAUGAAGUGGGACAAUCUCAAGGCCAUUUUCAACAGCAUGAUUCGGGCAAAGGUGGUGCAGCCAUCCAAGCGAGAGGAGGACUUUUGGGAGUUCGUUGGCCGUCGCUGGGAAAACAUGGAUGUCAACCCGGGCAAUGCCGAGAAGCUGUCUGAAACGGCCAUGGACGGUGAUGUUGCCAUUGGUGCCAACGACCUUCGCAUUGCUGUUCUCUCAGCGUGCAUUCUCUUGCUUGCCCUGAAUCCGGCGACACCGGUUUUUGGUGAGGCCUAUGGAUUUCUGGAACUGUUUUCUGGAACCGGCUGGGUUACGAAGCAGUUCAAAGCGGAAGGCAUUCCAACGGCAUCAUUUGAUAUCUUACUGGGUGAUGCAGUUCCAGGGAAACAAGAUGCCAUGAAUCUGCUCUCUGAUGCUGGUUUUUCGCUGGUAUUGCUGACCGUUCUCAACUGCAAGAUGGAUGACUUCUUCACAUUGAUUGGGCUGGUUUGUAGCUCUUUCGUGACAAUAUCCCAGGGGACGCAUAACAGAGCGCCAUUCAGUCCAUUAGGGCUAGAAUGCUUCCAGUUCGUGAGGGAUGGAAAUUGCCUUACAUCAAGGGUGGUUUUGAUCAUCCUGGCCAUAACGGCGAUGGGUGGGAGUUGGAUGCUGGAGCAACCAAAUUCAUCACAAGUUCAUUGGCAUCCCAGGAUCCGGCUUUUGUGGAGGCUACUUCCUCAGGUGUUUGAAGCACGAUGGUGGGCUUGCAUGUAUGGUGCUCCUACAGCGAAACGACAUGUUGGUUGGAGUAAUUGCAGAACCGUUAAACUCUUGGACUUGGGUCGCAUGAUCAAGAAAAUUCACAACCAGAAGGGUGGGAUCAAGUCUACUAAGACUUACCGAAACCGACGUGGCAAGAAGUCCUUUUCUGGAUCAAAAUUUCUCAAGAGCACAGGGACUUAUCCCCCCCUCUUUGCCAAGAAAUUGGUGCACCUCUAUCCUCGCUUUUGCACCAAGCGAAGCCUGUGGUUGUGGGUGGUGAUGGCUCCAAAGGCCAAGUCGGCAGUUCCAUCUAAGCAAUGGAGCUGCUCUGAACUUACAGAUGGUCACCAAAAACUUGUGAAAGUGAAGUUGGAGACGCCAGGGAAAGACCAGUUGGAACUCGAAAUUAAGGAAUAUGAGAAGAAGCUUGCACUGCUGAAGAAAGCCGUCGACAAGAAGGGUAUUUCAGCUACUGAAGAUGAGUUGGCAGCGGCCAAGCCAGCUUCGGCGAAAGCCAAAGCCAAGACAUCUGCCAAGUCCAAAGCCAAACCGGCUAGUGCUACCAAUAGCCCUGCACCGAAGUUGGCUGAGAAACAUCCCCGAAGUCCAGGGCAGGGAUCUCCCAACCCGGUUGCAACAAAGAGGGUCAAAGGGAAGCAACCAGAGGCUGACCAAGCCAAGGUCAUUGAAGAACUUCGCAAGGCGAAUGCAAAGAUGAAUGAGGAGAUGGCCCUUCUUCGACAAUCUUUGGAGAAGAAGUCACCUAGUUCUUCUUCCUAUGCUACACCUCCACCCAGAGUUGCAGCUCCUUCCCCCAAAGACAAGCCCGUCAAGCCCGUCAAACCGGCCAAGGAAGUGGUGCCUCCUCCGGACAAUCCAGCACCACCACCCUCAGAGGGUGCUCGCAUGAACCGUUUGCGCAGGUUGUGCGAGCGCAAGCCGAGUGGGAAGUUGUUGGUCCCAGACUUGUUCAUCAGCCGGGUCACGAAAACUCUUUCCAAGACCAACAAGCUCAGCAGAUUGAAGAAACGAGGAUGGUUUAGCAAGGAAGCCAUGACCCGAGUGUUGAACUGGAAAGAUCGAUACAACCCAAAGUUGAAGAAGUAUUAUGUGGUUUAUGAGGAAGGUGAUGAAGAACUCAGUGAGGAUGAAGAGCGUCAUACCCAACAAGACACUGAGGUUGGCGAGGACAACGUGAACUUUCGCCGACUUGGCAUUUCCCGGGCCGAGUCUGACGAUGAUGGUGAUGAAUCUGAUAAGGAAAAGGAUGCCACACAGGUCAACAGUGCCAAGAAGGAGUAUGAGAAGUUUGGGCGCUUCGCUGAUUCGCUCAUUUCCAGAUCGGGGAAGUUGUCUGAGUUGUCCCAACAGCUAGAGUCUACACUUGCCGAAGCUGGAAAGUCUGAAGACAGUCCUGAUGGCAAACGGGUUGCCAAGUCUGAUUCUUAA